CCCGCCCUGCCCCAGCCUGGUCCUCCCUUCCCUGGGUGAGGGGCCACAUGCCCAGCCCUGGGGUCCGGGCCGGGGGCCUUGGUCCAGCAGCCGAGCCCCUCUGACUGGGCGCGGAGGAGCGCAGGAGCAGAACGGGCCCGGGGCUGGGCCCGUGCCCUCGCCCCAUGGAGCCGCCCCCACGUUGGCUGCAGUGGGUGGCCGUGGCCACGCUGAUGCUACUGGCCGGCGAGGCCCUGGCCCAGACCGUGUACACCAACACGUGGGCUGUGCUCAUCCCCGGGGGCCCUGCGCAGGCCGACCAGGUGGCCCGGAAGCACCGAUUCCUCAACCUGGGGCCGAUUUUCGGGGACUACUACCAUUUCUGGCACCGGGCCGUGGUGAAGAGGUCUCUAACCCCUCACUGGCCCAGGCAUAGCCGCCUGCAGAGGGAACCCCAGGUGCGGUGGUUGGAGCAGCAAGUGGCAAAGGUGCGGAAGAAGCGUGACGUGUUCACGGAGCCCACGGACCCCAAGUUCCCCCAGCAGUGGUACCUGUACAGCGGGAACCAGCGAGACCUGAACGUGCGCGGAGCCUGGUCCCAGGGUUACACGGGCCGCGGCAUCGUGGUGUCCAUCCUGGAUGACGGCAUCGAGAAGAACCACCCUGACCUGGAGGCCAACUAUGACCCUGGGGCCAGCUUUGACGUUAACGACCAGGACCCCGACCCCCAGCCACGCUACACGCAAAUGAAUGAUAACAGGCAUGGCACUCGAUGUGCGGGAGAGGUGGCGGCAGUGGCCAACAACGGCAUCUGCGGUGUCGGCGUGGCCUACAACGCCCACAUUGGAGGCGUGCGCAUGCUGGAUGGCGAGGUGACAGACGCCGUGGAGGCCCGCUCCCUGGGCCUGAACCCCGAUCACAUCCACAUCUACAGCGCCAGCUGGGGCCCCGAGGACGACGGCAAGACGGUGGACGGGCCAGCCCGCCUGGCCGAGGAGGCCUUCUUCCGAGGGGUCAGCCAGGGCCGGGGCGGCCUGGGCUCCAUCUUCGUCUGGGCGUCCGGCAACGGCGGGCGUGAGCACGACAGCUGCAACUGCGACGGCUACACCAACAGCAUCUACACGCUGUCCAUCAGCAGCACCACGCAGCUGGGCAACGUGCCCUGGUACAGCGAGGCCUGCUCCUCCACCCUCGCCACCACCUACAGCAGCGGCAACCAGAACGAGAAGCAGAUCGUGACCACGGACCUGCGGCAGAAGUGCACCGAGUCGCAUACGGGCACCUCGGCUUCCGCCCCCUUGGCCGCCGGCAUCAUCGCCCUCACCCUGGAGGCCAACAGGAACCUGACGUGGCGCGACAUGCAGCACUUGGUGGUGCGGACGUCCAAGCCGGCUCACCUCAACGCCAAUGACUGGGUCACCAACGGCGUGGGCCGCCAAGUGAGCCACUCGUACGGCUACGGGCUGCUGGACGCCGGGGCCAUGGUGGCGCUGGCCCAGAACUGGACCACAGUGCCACCGCAGCGCAAGUGCCUUGUCGACAUCCUCACAGAGCCCAAGGACAUCGGGAAGCAUCUGGAGGUGCGGCGGAGGGUGACGGCCUGCCUCGGGGAGGCCAACCACAUCACCCGGCUGGAGCACGCCCAGGCCCGGCUCACCCUGUCCUAUAACCGCCGCGGGGACCUGGCCAUCCACCUGGUCAGCCCCCUGGGUACCCGCUCCACCCUGCUGGCCUCCAGGCCCCACGACUACUCGGCGGACGGCUUCAACGACUGGGCCUUCAUGACGACGCACUCCUGGGACGAGGACCCCGCAGGGGACUGGACCCUGGAGAUCGAGAACACCAGCGAAGCCAACAAUUAUGGCACAUUGACCCGGUUCACCCUGGUGCUGUAUGGCACGGCCCCCGAGGGACCCGCCCUCUCUCCGGCCCCCGAGAGCAGUGGCUGCAAGACCCUGACGCCCAGCCGGGCCUGUGUGGUGUGCGAGGAAGGGUUCUCCCUGCACGAGAAGAGCUGCAUGCGCCACUGCCCGCCCGGCUCCACCGCCCUGGUCCCGAGUGCCCGGCCCGGAACGGAGCCCGUCAGCCCCAGCGUCUGCGCCCCCUGCCACCCGACCUGUGCCAGUUGCCGGGGCACCGCCCCCACGGACUGCCUCAGCUGCCCCGCCCACUCCCACCACGACCCCACGCGCCUGACCUGCUCCCACCAGAGCCCCAGCAGCCGUGAGUCGCCCCGGACCGGGGGCCACCCGGGCGAGGGCCCGCUCCUGGCCCACCUGCCCAUGCUGGUGACCGGCCUCAGUUGCGCCUUCAUCAUGCUGGUCUUUGCCAUCGUCUUCCUGGUCCUGCAGCUGCGCUCGGGCUCCAGCCUGCGCGGGGCCAAAGUGUACUCUCUGGGCGGCGGCCUCAUCUCCUACAAGGGGCUGCCGCCGCCGGACACGUGGCGGCGGGUGGGGGACGGCGAUGAUGAGGAGGGCGGCCCCUCCGAGUCGGACGAGGAUGAGGGCCGGGGCGAGAGGACUGCCUUCAUCAAGGACCAGAGCGCUCUCUGACCGGGGCCCGUCCCCACCCCCCGGCCUC